UCCACAAAACCACCACCAAGCUUUUUCAUGGCCGUCGCCUUCCGCUUUGGUCUGCUGCUGACCAUAUAUCUACGGUGGCAAGGCAAGACAAGGACGCGCAGUUGAUCCAUGCCAUGGCGGCCUUCACGAUGCACACGAGCGCGGCCACCUCGCCCUACUCGCCGGCGGGCACGGCCAUCCUUCUCCGAAGCCGGAGUCGAUCCUACUCCUACCCCACCGCCGCCACCACCACCAUCCGCGUGUCGUGCUCGAAGACGACGGUGGUGAUCGGGGUGGCGGCGGACUCCGGGUGCGGGAAGAGCACGUUCACGCGGCGCCUGACGAGCGUGCUGGGCGGCGGGGCGGAGCCGCCGAGGGGCGGGAACCCCAACUCCAACACGCUGGUGAGCGACACCGCCACGGUGAUCUGCCUGGACGACUACCACUCGCUGGACCGGGCCGGGCGGAAGGCCAAGGGCGUCACGGCGCUGGACCCGAGGGCCAUCGACUUCGACCUCAUGUACCAGCAGGUGAGGGCCAUCAAGGACGGCCGCGCCGUCGAGAAGCCCGUCUACAACCACGUCACCGGCCGCAUCGACCCGCCCGAGCUCAUCACCCCGCCCGAGAUCCUCGUCAUCAAGGGGCUGCACCCAAUGUACGAUGAGCGCGUGAGGGACCUGCUAGACUUGAGCAUCUACCUGGACAUCAGCAACGAAGUGAAGUUUGCAUGGAAAGUUCAGAGAGACAUGGCAGAGCGUGGGCACAGCCUUGAGAGCAUCAGGGCCAGCAUCGAGGCAAGGAAGCCCGACUUCGAUGCUUACAUUGAGCCGCAGAAGCAGUACGCGGACGCCGUGAUCGAGGUGCUGCCGACGCAGCUGAUCCCGGGCCCGGGCGACGACGAGGGCAAGGUGCUGCGCGUGAAGCUGAUCAUGAAGGAAGGCGUGGAGCACUUCGCCCCGGUGUACCUCUUCGACGAAGGAUCCACCGUCAACUGGAUCCCCUGCGGCCGGAAGCUCUCCUGCUCCUACCCCGGCAUCAGGUUCGCCUACGGCUUCGGCACCUACUUCGGGCACGAGGUGUCGGUGGUGGAGAUGGACGGGCAAUUCGACAAGCUGGACGAGCUCAUCUACGUGGAGACCCACCUGAGCAACCUGUCGACCAAGUUCUACGGGGAGGUGGCGCAGCAGAUGCUCACGCACGCCGAUUUGCCGGGCAGCAACAACGGCACGGGGCUCUUCCAGACCAUCGUCGGGCUCAAGAUCAGGGACCUCUACGAGCAGAUCGUCGCACGUCGCUGAGUGAGAGGGCCGCCAUGACGGCCAAUUAAUGGUAGCUAUCAAGGUCGUGAUGUCUGGUCGAGCCAGUGCUGAUGAUUGGAUGAGAGCCGGCAUAUAUACAUGCAUCGUGGUGUAUUCGUGUGGAUGCUUUUCUUGUGUCCGCUCCAAAUGCUAGGUUCGCCUUCUACUACUAGUAGACAGUAGCUAGUUUUGUAGAUAAUAUAUAGGAGAUGCAGCAGGGACAGUACUGAGCAGUGCUUUGAAUUUCCAUAUGAGAUGGGCUUUCACUAUCUCGUCUCUUGUUAACGUGUUCAGAAAGAAUUCAAAAGCACUUCUCUCUUGGUCGU